ACUGCUCCGGUAGUUUUAGUGUUAUUUUUAUUUUUUAAAAAAUGGGGCAGCCCCAAGAAGACGGCGAAGGUCCCCCUUCUCCCCCAUUGCGUGGGGGGAAGAACUAUCAUCAUGUCGGGAGCAGACGACGAGCCACAACACGGUCGCCCACCCCCACCCUGAAGAAAAACAAAACCGCCAGAGAUCGGCGGUCUUCAUCCGGAUCGAGCGAGAGGAGCACGAAGCAUGAUGGUGGAGACAGACAACGAGCCUCAAUCUGGUCGACCACCCCCACCGAGGGAAAGAAGAAGACCGCCACAAAGCGACGAUCCUCUUCGGAGUCGAGCGAGAGGGGAACGAAGCAUGAUGGCAAGAAAAAAGGUGGAGACAGACGACGAGCCUCAAGCCGAUCGACCACCCCCACCAUGAAGAAGAAGAAAACGGAAGCCAAGCGACGGUCCUCUUCUGAGUCGAGCGAGGGGAGGGAUGGGCGUAGCGGUGGAGGUCGACGCAGAGAAAAAUUCCGUACGCCAACCCCCACCAAGAAAAAGAAGAAAACCGCAGCGAGGCGACGGUCCUCUUCUGAAUCGAGCGAGGGGAGGGAUGGGCGUAGUGGUGCGAGACACGAUCGUCGACGGCGGCGCGACCUACAACUACAACGAGUUGCACUUUCUUCUCCUCCUUCUACCCUCGAGGGGGCUUCUCGAGCCGUGGGAGGGGAGCCAGGUGGGGCCGGCACCCUGAGCGGGUUCCACGAGACCCGGGAUCUCCUCCUCGUAGGCCACCAUCUGUGGAGGAGGUGAUUCCCUUCAGGAGGAUUGCUCGCCGUCCACUUUUAUAAAUUUUAUGAUUUUUUG